AUGUUAGCGACAAUAGGCUUUAGAAAAAAGAGCUGUCAGCGUGAAAAAGCAGAGAAGGUCGACGGGGCCCGAUUUUGGCAAGUGACAAAGGGUAGCGGUGGGUUCCGAGCGGCAUGUUCCGACAGAGCGACAGUGCCACAACGACCCGCCUCUCGCGUCGUCGCCUACCUACCUGCCUGCCUGCCUCCGCCUGCACAACCCACUCGAAAUGGUUAUGGGCGAUUGUAUCGAAGUCGAAGAUGCAUAGAAGAUAGCGACACUGAAGCAUUAGAUCUAGCAGAUGAUCCGACGCUAGGGGUCGUGACCCAAUUGGCGGUGAAAAGCACACAUUUCACACCUUCGGCAGGCUACAGUAACAAACGAUGGCUUUUAGAUUACACGAAGAGCGGAUAA